AUGGGCUACGACAGUGCGAUGAUGAAUGAUUUGAAUAUCUUGCCGCAGUACACCGAGUACUUCCAUCUCACCACGGCGACAGUUGGCUUAAACAAUGCGGCGAUUUGGAUGGGAUCUGUCAUCGGCGCCGCAUUCAUACAGCCAGCUUCUGACCGCCUGGGAAGGCGAUGGGCACUGUUCUAUGCCGCAUGCAUUUGUCUGAUGGGGGCCGCCAUACAAUCUGCUGCACAAAACAUCGCCACUUUUGUCAUCGGUCGUAUUUUCAUCGGCAUCGGUUCAGAAAUGGCUGCUGGACCGGGCCCAGCCUUGAUCGCAGAGACAGUGAAGCCCUCUGCUCGUGGUCCCCUCCUUGGCCUGUACUUCAGCUUUUACAACGCCGGCUCGCUCAUUAGCGCUGCUGUCAAUCUUGGCAUGGUCGAGAUUCCGUCCACCUGGGCCUGGAGGGUUCCUUCCAUCCUACAGACUGUGCCCAGUCUUCUGUGCAUUGCAGUUCUCCGCUUCCUGCCUGAAUCUCCCCGAUGGCUGGUCUCCAAAGGCAGACACGACGAAGCCCGCGAAGUUCUGGCCAUCAUCUAUGGGAAUAACGACAUCCAUCACGAGAAGGUGCACGUCGUUCUAAACGAGAUUGACGUCGCCAUCAAGCAUGAACGAGAAACCUAUCCAGUGCAUCCGUGGAAAGAAUUGGUCGCUUCCAAAGCAAACAUCCGGCGUCUGACCAUCCUCGUCAGCUUUGGCGUCAUGAUACAAAUGAUGGGCAACUUUGUCAUCUCGUACUAUCUUGGUGCGAUGCUCGGGCAAGCCGGCAUCACUUCCGCAACGACGAAGCUUCAGAUCAAUACGAUCCUGAGUUGUUGGGCGUUUGCUGCUGCUGUUGCUGGCAGCUUCCUCGUCGAUGUUAUUGGGCGUCGGCCACUCGCGAUGGGUGGUGUUAUCGGCAUGUUCUGUUCACUCUACGUGUUUGGAGGUCUAGCAAAAGUAUACGGCGACGGCCACGACCGUGGCGGUGUUUACGGGACCAUUGCGGUCAUCUUCUUCUUCAAACUCUUUCAUGGAGGUUCCUUUACUCCUCUGUCAACUGUCUACUCAACAGAAGUGGUAUCUUACAGGAUCCGAGCCGCCGGCAUCUCGCUUUUCCGAAUCCUGACCAGUUCGUUUGGACUUUUGGCCUCCUUCGCCAUGUCAUACGCAAUGACCGAUCUCGGGUGGAAAUUUUACUUCAUCAACGCCUCUUGGGACGUCCUCUUUCUCAUCAUCAUUUAUUUUACCUGGAUUGAAACUCGCCGGCUUACCUUGGAAGAAAUUGCUGUCAAGUUCGGAGAUCUGGAUCCUCAAUCUAUAGUCUUCGAAGGUGUCAGCACAGAGGAAGAUGAGGUUGUGAAGAACAGUGCCGUUGUGCCAAAAUCAAACAUGGCCUAG